AUGCGUGUUCAGCGAGCUCCACUACAACCAGGAUGUUCUGUCCAGUCAAUCCCAACUUGCGUGGUGAAGGCAAUGAUCUUCCGUGACCAAACACAAGUGCCAUGGUCUGAGGUAGUAAUGCAUCCGUUGUUGCAUAUCUUUGCACAGGUGCCACCUCUCCAGAAGUGCCCUGACAUGGAAUGCUGUGGUUGUGAAUGUUGGCAUCGGUCCGCUGACUUCCCUAUGGACACCCCGGUUUUGGAAGUGUGGGGUAAGCAAUGGUUGCAGUUGGAUUUCAAACAUGCCUCACCAGACAAAGCAGAACUGUUCACAGCUCACAUGAGGCUGCCAGAAUGCAUGCAAAUGCAGGUCCAGCACUUCUCAGGCCAUGAUGGAGUGUUCCUUGAACCCAAGUCGAUUGACGGCAGAAACCCAUCACCGGAGUUUACUGUCAUUUGGAUGCCAAAGGUUGAAGAAGCUCAGCUCCUUGUGCAACGUCAGACCGUGGCUCACGUGGUGGGUAUGGCCCGCGUGGUUCACAAGAUGGGCUUGCGAUGCCGAACAGAACAUGCAGCUGAGGUUUUUUCCACAUUGAGACCUGGCCAAACCUUCCUGCCGCCUGGCAAGAGGCAGACGUACCUGGUCGGCCCUUUUGAAUUUGGUACCCUUCAGACCUCAGUCACACAGGUGCUGCACUCCAUAGGCUGGGUGGCAAAGCCGAUUCAUGCAGUUGCCGCAAAAACCCAUGUGCAUGGUUUGAUGUUCAGGGUCCAAUCGGCGCAAGAACCUCCCAAGAAGGUCAUCCGUAUGACUCAUGGCGAUGUCAUGAUUGCCGAAGAGGAUGAGACACCGGUGCCAGAAAAGGUCUUGCCGAAGGUGGUUGCCACUUCCACCACGGAGUCGAUGAUCUCCAAACCCUGUGAACAGGACUAUAUCCGGCAGCAUGACCCAUGGGCGAAAGCAGCCAGCCGUUUGCCGACUAAGACAGCCACGUUCCAGAUCGGCAAUCCCCUGGAGGACAUGACACAGAAAGUCAUAGCGGAGGUCAUGGCGCAGAUCCCCAAAGGAUCCAUGGAAGUUGACUCUGAUGCAGGGCAGUCCAAUAGAGUGGCAGCUCUGGAGCAGCAAUUUCAGGAGCUACAUGGUCAAACACAGGCACUUGCUGCAGCAACGCAAAAGACUGCCCAGGAGACAGCUACCCAGAUGCAGGAAAUCAGGGGUCAAAUCCAGCAGCAAGGAACCCACUUUGAAAGUGCCAUUGCCGCUCAAGCCUCAACGAUCCAAGGUUUUCAAGAUGCAUUUCAAGAGCAGUUUCGCCAGCAGGGCUCAAACGGUGGUUGGACUUGGACUUUUUCCACCAAGAGGCAGGGUCCUGGGGGUUCCUUGUCCUUUUCAGUGUGUACAGUUUUCCGAAGAUGGUAUCUUUUGUUUGCACUUUGCAAUUGUUUGCGCGUAGGUGAAGCCUUGCACCCAGGUCCGCAUGUUGCCACUUCAUGGACACUGGGCAUUGCAAAUCCCUCUGGGCUUAAUGGCAAGUUAGACCAGGUCAACCAUUUGCAUGGGGACACUUGGAUUUUGUCGGAAACCCACCUUUCACAGAGAGGCUUGACUGCGUUCAAAAAAGGGUUGCGUAUGUUGGAAAGCCCGUGGAAGUACACAGUCCCAGGUGCUCCGUGCCAGCCGAGACAACAUACUGACACAGGCGUCCACUCUGGUGUCCUGAUGGUCUCCAAGCACCCAGCCCGACCAUUGCCUCAUGCCUUUGAUGUCCAGGUUUACUCAUCUGCCAGGGUGCAAGUGGCUGGGGUUGCGCUGGCGGACACUUGGGUUACAAUUGGAAUGAUGUAUGGUUUCCCUUGUAAUGCUUCCCAUAAGCAGGCCAGAUACCAGACAGAUGCUAUGUUGGCAGACCUUGUUGACAGGGUUGGUUGCCAGGCAGCUGGCCCGCGGGCCAUUGGAGGUGACUUCAAUUUUGGGCCGGAUGAACUAGGGCAGCUACACAGACUCCAUACCCUGGGUUUCACAGAGGUACAAGACUUGCGUGCUUGGCGUACUGGCCACUCGGUUGAAGCAACGGGAAGGGGCUCCAAACGCAUUGAUCAACUGUGGAUUUCCCCUGAACUUCAAAGAGCUCUUACUGGGGUUAAGGUGGAAUUUGACCAUUGGGCAGAUCAUGCAGCCGUGAUGGCUACCUUUGAGCAUGCUGGACUUGAGUGGACUUGUCAGGUUGAUACCGCAUCAGAUGGAGACCUCUCUGUUGGGUAUGCCAAGUUUUGGAAUCAGGUUGAAACACAAGCCAAGUGCUGGGUGCGUCACCAGGGUGUUCCUGUUGUCAAGGGUCAGUUUGGGAGGGCCAGUGUUUUAGAGCCGAAAAUGGUGAAGGAACAUCUGGCUCCAGUGAAAAAGGGUCAUCUUGGGGAUGUUCAACCAUCCUACAUGGGGGUCAGUCUCCAGCAUGCCAGGUUUUUCAAGCAGCUCAGGCGCCUGCAGUCUUUGUCGCGUAUCCUUGCCAAGGGGGUUGCUACUUGGAGUGGGCGUAUCAACCGGGAUGAAACCUGGAGGGCAAUCCGUAUGGCAGCUGGUUUCCCAGGAGGGUUUGGGGAGUGGUGGACUUCACAGGGAUUGGAACCCAAGCUGAGUGGACCGUUGCCCCUUCUUUGCCCUGCGUUGGACUUUGCCCAGGGCCUCUUUGUUGGAUUUCAACAGUUUGUCCAGCGGUAUGAACAAACACUUAUUAGCCAGCGGUAUCAACAUGCAAAGCAGCGUAGGGCCCAGGGAUUGUCUUAUGUUUUCCAAGACUGCCGUGAUGAUCCAUUGCCUCAGGCCGACACGCUUCUUGACAGACUUGAGGUUGGGGUUGAAGAAGUGAGAUCUGAAGACAACUCCCUGGUUUUGGUUCGGCCUGUCAAACUCUUUGAAGGGUUGCCAGUUGUGGUUGAGGGUCAGGUAGUUGAGGUGGUAGCUCAGCAUGAUGAUCAGGUGUGGCUGUCGUCGGUUGAGAGUUUUCAGCCUGGUCAUGUUCUCACGCAAGAACGUGCCAUCAGUUCAGAUGCUGAUAUCCUGUCACGCUUUGCCAAUGUCUGGAGUGAGAGAUGGAACAAGCAUUCCCAUGUCCAACCGGGCCAGUGGGACCAGAUUUGUGGCUUUCUUGAAAAAACAGCCAGGCCAAUUCAAUGGACUUCUGCCCCUUGGACCGUUUCCCGUUUCCAGCUGGCAGUGAAGCACAAAAAGCCGAAGGCAGCGAAAGGACCGGAUGGGGUAACACAACCUGAUUUGGCUGCUUUGCCUGAUGCGGCCUGCGAAGCUCUUCUUGACAUCUACCGGGCGGUCGAAAGGGGCGCCAGAUGGCCCCUCCAAAUGGCCAGUGGAUUUGUGGCCAGUCUUGCCAAGGUACCCACAGCUCAAUGCGUGGAUGAGUUUCGUCCGGUCGUGGUGUACAGUUUGGCUUAUCGAAUCUGGUCCUCCGAGCGUGCAAGGGAGGCACUUCACUCAGUCUCCACUCUCCUGCCGGCCAGUGUUCAUGGUGGAGUCCCGGCUCGACAGGCCAAGACCAUCUGGUAUGAGCUGGCCUCAGUGAUGGAAGACGGUUUGCAUGGGCUCCUGAUGGAUAUACAAAAGUGCUUCAACAACAUCCCCCGCCACCCUCUUUGCUGUGCACUUGUCCUUAUGGGUUUCCCUGAGUCAGUGCUUCGAGCGUGGGUAGCCUUUGUGUCUGGGCAAUCUAGGCGGUUCAAAGUCCGUCGGUCAGUGGGCCCACCCAUUCUUUCCAAUUGUGGACUUCCAGAAGGGUGUGCCAUGUCGGUUUUUGGCAUGACGAUGAUUGACUGGAUUUUGGACUGGUGGCUAAGUGGCCUUGAGGUUUCUGUUGACUUGCGUACGUUUGUGGAUGACUGGGGGGUCAUGUUUAGGUGUGCUGAGGACUUGCCACGAAUUUGGGCAUCAAUGGAACAGUUCACAGGCCACCUGGACUUGGCCAUUGACAUGUCAAAGACGAGGUUGUGGUCGACAGAAGCUACUGCACGUUGCAGCUUCCGCAGUGGCAGUUCGGUUGCAGUGACCUUGUCGGCACGGAACCUUGGAGCGCACCAAAACUUCAGUCGUCACUGUCAUAACUCAUGCCUCCAGGCAAGGUUGUCACGGAUGCCCCAGGUCUGGAUUCGACUCAGGGCCAGCCAAGGACCCUAUCGGUUUAAGGUUACAGCUAUCCAUAUGAUGGCCUGGCCCAAAGCCUUGCAUGGGAUCUCUGCUGUCCAUUUGGGUGCAUGCCAUUUCAAAACUUUGCGGGCAGGGGCUGUACGUGCUCUCAGGGCGGAUAAGAAGGGUUCCAAUCCAUUCUUGCACCUGGUUACGUCUGCACUGUUGACGGACCCAGAAGCCUGGUCGAUUGUUCAGACUGUUCGUGAUGUGAGGGAGUUUGGGUCUGAUCAGGUGGAACCGCUGUUGGGCUUGUUUGCAGGAAGUGGGGAUCGAUUACCUCAAAAUGGUCCCACUGCAAUUUUGUGCUCGCGUCUGUUGCGAUUGGGGUGGGGCAUUGGGGGUCAAGGCCUUGUUCAAGACCGCUUGGGCACCUUCAGCUUGAUGUCGAUCCCAUGGGAUGAGUUGGUUUUGCGUAUCAAGCUCUCAUGGGGAUCAGUCUUGGCUCGGGAACUCAGCCACAGACCUACCUUUGAUGGACUUGAAAAUGUGGACUUGUAUGAGCUUUACCGAGCCCUAGCUGUGUUUGGUCCAGCUGAUUUGGUUUUUCUGCGCUGUCAUCUUGAUGGUACGCUUUUCACGCAGAAUGGAAGAGCCAAGUUUCAGGAGGGGGUCACAGACAAGUGUCCAUGGUGCCCUGAAAAAGAUGGAUUUCAUCACCGGGCCUGGAUUUGCCCACACUUCACUGCGUGUCGUGCUCAUGUCACCCCUGACCAGCAGCGUGCACUUGCCACCCUCCCCCCUUGUUUGGUCGAUCAUGGUUGGCCUGUGUUGGUUCCGGAGUGGGAAGUUUUUGCGGGUAUGUUGCUGCGGUCUGAUGGACUUUGUAGGAUGUCACCAGCAGAACCCCCAAACGGCAGUGACCUGCAACCGCUGGAACUUUUCAUGGAUGGUACAAGUGCUUUUCCAAAGGAGGUGAAGCUCAGAUUUGCAAGUUGGGCAUUGACACUGGUUUCAGGCGUGGGAGUUUUGGAUAACCAAGUCCUCAUGGGAGGCCAUGUCUCUGGCUUAUGCCAGACAGCUUUCAGAGCAGAGCUGACAGCGGCCCUCCAUGCAAUCAGGUGGGCCGUUGUCCAUCGCAAGAAGGUGAGACUAUGGUGCGACUGCCAGAGUGUGGUGCGGGGAGUCAACAAAGCUCUGCGACGCAGACGGUGGAAGCGCAAUGGCCCUCACUCCGAUUUGUGGGAGCAACUACAUGCUUGGGUUUCCGGCAAUGAAGACUUAAUCCAAAUACGGAAGGUCGUCUCUCAUGGUGCAAUUCAUCGGGCUUUGGACCCCCUGGAGCAAUGGGUUUACUGGCACAAUAAUCUGACUGACAAGGCGGCAGAAGCCAUUAACUAUCGCCGGGAGCCAGAAUUUUGGGCUGUGUGGACACAGUUGCGGAGUGCACUAGAAUUUCACCGGCAGUUGCACUCUGCGAUCCUACGGGUUCUUUUACAGACGUCGAAGAUGGCUGCAGCUGAACAACGACCGCUUCGGGUCACGCCACAGGUGGUGGAGGGAGCUCAAACAGUGCAGGUGGAACAGGUCGCUUGGGACAUUCCCAGAUCUUUGGUGCGUAGGUAUGGAGAGACCAAUUUACAGAAACUGCAUGAAUGGUGGACAGCAUGGGGCCCAACAAUGAUGACAGGCUCCACUCCGUUGUCCCAUAUUUCAGGGUUACAGCUGUUUGUGUCAUUCAACCUGCACACUGGAUACCAAGGGCCGUGGUGUUUCAAGCGGCGAUGGUAUGACAAAGAGGAGGAUGUUCCAGCAAAGGGCCUAUGUUACCGCCUUCGGUGGGAUGCUGCCAUGGUCGACAAAGUAGAUCAGGCCCUUCUCACCCAACAGGGCCGUCAGACCGUAAAUGCGGCUGAC